AUGGAAGUGGAGUUCCGCAAACACCUCCCCCCGUAUCGGUCUCUCGUCGACCCAAACGCUCAGUAUGAUUACAGAACCCACCUGUUUGUCCACUUGUCCCAGCUGGACUUGUCCAAGAUCUUACUGGGCUACCAGCUUCCGCAGAUCAGACGCUCCUCUUUUAAGAUGAAGUAUAAGCUGUUGCUCUCGGAUGUCUCCAUGAGGGCGUCGUUGCUUCUGCGGAAAGUGCCCAGCGUCAAUGGGAAGGUAUCUACACCCAAUUCCCCUGCAAGGGCUCAGCUGGCAAGGAAGCUGCCUUCUCCGCCACCUGCUACCUUUAAUGACCUUCCUGAAGAAAUCCAAAUCCGAAUCUUUGAUUUUGUCAACGAUAAGGCCUCCUACCAGAACUGCCUCUUCACAAGCAAAGCCUUCUACCGCAUGGCCGAGCCCUUCUUGUUUCAAAACGUCUCCUUCACUUCCACUUACAGAUUCGCCCAGUUUAUCACCUACUUACGGGUCAAUUCCGCCUUGGGGCUGCACGUGCUUGAAGUUGACUUGUCUCAAUUGAGGCCCGGCAACUGGGAAUUGGAAGCCCAGAGCGAUGAUGAUCAAGAUCUGGAUACCGACCAAGACGAGUUUAGUGACAUAUCGGCCAUAUGGGCCGGCUGGCGUGAUUGGAAGUUUGCCAACAAUCCCUUGUACACUUUGCACCCAUUGCCAGCAACGCCAUUGACCAAAGUAACCCUGGUGACUUCGCCUGGUGCGUUUCCACCAUCAAAGAAACGGAAAUUUCUGAGCUACUUCAAGAAAAGAAGACGCUCCACUGUCAGACCAGAACUCCCGGACGGUCGCAAGCCUCCUCACCAAAGGCAUGUGUCGUGGGCUCUUCAAAAUUCAAGUCACCCAAAGAUCAAUAAGUUCUUGAUGAACUACUCGUCUCUGAAAGACUUGCCCAUCGGAUAUAUUGUUCAUUUAGUCAACUUGUGCCCCAACUUGCGUUCCGUCAAUUUCGGCAACUUGUCUCUUUCCACAGACUACAUGAUUUCGCCCAAGAUGUCUCAAAAAUACCAAAAUUUCGAUAUCAUGAAUAACUUCUCCAAAGCGAUGAUCGAGAAAAUUGACGGCUUGUAUCCGAUGUCAAACUCAGAUCUAGGGUUGCUUACUGGCGAGCCCACUAUUCGCAGAGCGCAUGAUCUUGCUUCUUCAGCUUCGUCAGUCUUCUCCAUGUCAACAAUGUCAAAGCCUAUUCGCAAGUAUAAUAGCUUGCUCCCGCCCCUCCCAAAACUGGUUCGUGAUAUUCUGUACCUUUCAAAGGGCGAUGGAAUUGUGUUUUUGAGUGACUUGAAUUUGAAGUCGAUCAACAGCGCCCAUUUGGAGGCGAUCAGUGAAGCUGAAAUCCUUGAUUGCAUGCGAAAAAGAGCUGGAACUUUGCAAAAUAUAAAUUUGUGCAGCAUGAUUUGGAUCAACUUGAGGUUGGUAAAGCAGUUCAUUUGGGACCUUCUUGCAGAUGAUAUUGAACAAAAACGAAUUGAUGGAAAGGACUACUUUUUAUUUAAGAACAACUACUUCUCUCCUCUUGAGCCUCUUGACGACGAAGACGAUGAUGAAGAUAUGGAUGAGGCCAAGUUCAAACAAUCCAAGUCAUUGGUGCUUGAUCUCAGCAACUCUGGAAUGAGCAGAAACCUCCGCUGGGCGCAAAGGAUUGAUCUUGAAACUACCAAAGGUAAGAAGCUUGUUCACAAGAUCUUGAAUGAUGAGUUGCUUUCAGUAUUUGAAGAGAGGAUGUUUCGUGAGCGCAUGAGAAUGGGAAGACCGGGAGAGAACUACUUUGCCUAA